ACCGGGAGGAAACCAUAAACCUCGCACCAUGCUGAAAUUGUCUCUCUUUCGACUUUUAGUUCUUUCAUUGAUUGUCGUUGCAUCUGCAGCAGACAUAUGUACAGACGGUGGAACGGAAUGCAAGAAUGGCGGUACAUGUGACACAAGCACACCUCCAGCCAUAUGUAAAUGUAUCAAUGGAUACACAGGGGAUACAUGUCAGACAGCUUCUGCUGCAGACAUAUGCACGCAUGAUGGAGGGAAGUGUAAUACCGGUACCUGUGACACAAGCACACCUCCAGUCACAUGCACAUGUACUGAUGGAUACACAGGGGAAACAUGUGAUACACCUCCAACGGUAAAAUGCACAGCCAAUGGAGGGGAAUGCAAGCAUGGCGGUACAUGUGACACAACCAAAGCUCUAGCCGUAUGUAAUUGUACCGGUGGAUACACAGGAGAUACAUGUGAGAGAGCUCCUUCAACACCCACAUGCACAGCCAGUGGAGGAGAAUGCUUGCAUGGUGGUACAUGUGACAUAACCAAAACUCCAGCUGUAUGUACUUGUACCGGUGGAUACACAGGGGACACGUGUGAGACAGCUCCUGCAAGAGCUAUUUGCACCACCGGGGGAAAGGAAUGCCUGCAUGGUGGAACAUGUGACACAACCAAACCUACAGCCGAAUGCAAAUGUAAUGGUGGAUACACAGGGGACACAUGUCAGAAUGGAGCCGUCGUUGGGCGAAUGUCAGCAUACUGCCUCAUCUUGGGACUUGUGUCGUACUGGAUCACCGCCAGGGUACACGUUGUUUGAAAUGGCUCCCCCUUCACAGACAACUAGACGCAUAGAUGACAUUUAGUUCAUGUAAUCGAGUAUUAUAAAGACUAGAUAUCUUGAAUCAGUUACAUUUCUAUUAUUAUUGUAGGGAAAUUUAUGCUUCAAUAAGAAGUUAGUCCGGUGUGUGUUUUUGUAGUAAUAUCAAUUUUUACUUAUAUAAUAUGUAACAGGAUGAACAUAGUUCACUGCAGCUAAAAGGCUAAAACAAUCUCGCAGCACCAUUUCGGCCAUUGAUGACAUGUUACUGAUGACGUGGACCUCUCCCCGAGUGACCACUGACACAGAGUAAAUGUUGUCCACCUUUCUAGCUGAAGUAGCAG